GGCAUGCAGCUACUACUGAAGCCGCCACCACAGUGCCGCCUCCUCCAUCUACUGAUCUUUCUGGUCUUGUCCUUCUUCUUCCACACCACCACCACGUCGAAUAAGCGCAAAGCAGCGGCAACAGUAGCAGCAACAUUGAGGAAGGCUGGUGGGAUAUUAACAAGUGAAGAGGAGUAGUGAUGCCUCGAGUGCUCCCCUUUGUCACCAUCUUGGUUCUUCUGUUCCUCCUCCUCUCCUCCGCUGCCACAGACCCUCAUCCGGCCACCGUCCCCGCCUCGCCGGAGUGGUCCUCGGCAGCCUGCCCACUCGACAUCCCCGACGACCUCCUUCACGACAUCGCCACCGCCUGCUCUCCGGUUGACUCCGGCUCGGACUCCCACUCCCACUCGGCCACACUCAGCCGCUGCUGCCCUUCCCUGGCCGCUUCCCUUCACGCCGCCCAUGCCGCUGCGGCCCUCGCCGUCCUCUCCCCGGCUUCCAACAACGGGAGCGCCGUGCCGGACCCGCCCGACGAUUCCGAGGGCUGCGCUUCGGCGGCGGAGGUGGCCCUGCGAGCCCGCGGCGUGCUGCUCCCCCGGCCCAACGAGACCUGCGACUUGACGUACUGCUACUGCGGCGUCCGCCUCCGCCGCCUCCACUGCCCCGGGCCCUUCGUGGCCUCCGCCGCCGGUGGGCGGUGGGUGCCCGCAAAUGAGGACACGGCGACGCUAAUACAGACCGAGUGCCGCCUACCGGAGCUCGAUGGCUGCACCCGCUGCCUCCACUCUCUCUAUCAGCUACGGAGCGAGGAAGCGGAGGGGGUGACCAGUGACGUGACGGCGAUGGACCGGCAGAGGGAGUGCCAGCUCAUGGGUCUGACAUGGCUGUUAGAUGAGAACCGGGCCCACUACCUGCAUGUGGCUGCCCUCGUCUUCCGCGCCUUCAUGGCCUCCCCUACCGGCGUGGAUCCCACCUCCUGCUCCGUCCCCGGCGGUACCGGCGACGACAUACCGCUGCUGGUGGACUCUGGUUGGGUCGGCGCGGGGUCAUCGUCAACAUUUCACGGGGUGGAGACACUGAUCGGCAAGUGGACCUGCUACGCAUAUUUUUCGUUUCAUUAAGGACAAGACUAAGUUUUGGAUCCACGUAGAACUUGGUUGUGUGACGUACAUGGACCUUUUCUGAGGCCUUUUUCCUCAUGAAGCCAUUCCACAUAUCAAGAUCUGUUCUUGGAUAUAAUAGUUCCAACACAUAGUUGGAUUUCUUUUUGAGGGUGGGUGGGUGUGUGUUUAUAUAUAAAUAUGUAGCAUUUCUCCUU